GUUUCCAAAAGGAAAACCACAGAUGACGUACACAAGCUGGUGGGACGCCCGCUUCACACAACUGCGCAUGCUCAAUGUAAAAAGGGGAAUUCCUUGACAGGAGGACGGGCUGGGGAAAAUGUGGAGGUUACCGGGUCUUCUGACCAGAGCCCUAAACCGAUUCCAUGCACCAAAUGUUUCGGGUUAUGUUCAUGGGGAAGCUGAAGCUCUCAGUUCCUCAUCUUUGAUUCCGCUCGGGCAAAAUGUAGAUGGUCGGGGUUAUACACAUAACUCAUCCAGCCACCGGACUGGACAAAAUGGGCAAGAUCGGAAGAAAAAAGAGACGUAUCAUUCAUUCAACUGCCAUCUGCCCCAUUAUUCUGUGCUAGAUGCUUUUGGAUGGGGGGCCGCGGCAGUGUUCUUUCUGCAGUUGGCUAGACAUGCUUCCUUUCAGAACUCCGUUACAAAAUCUCCCAAGGAAGAGAGGAGUGCCCAGCAAUCAUACCUGGAACAAAUCCUUCACUCCCUUGCACAGACUCAAAGUUUUUCUGUAAGAUCCCACAUUCUGCCCAAAAGAGCUCAGGCUGGUCCCUGGAAUGCCAUUCGAUUGGAAGAGAAAUCUGUAAGUGAUGAGGGAGAGGAGUCUUUUACUGAAAGCACAAGUUCAGCCUCUUCUUCUGGAAGUGGUUUGUUUCAUCCUAAUACUGAAGAAGAUGACUUCCAUCUUCCAAACUCAGUUCUGUCACCUGUCAGUUCCGUUGCUGUUAAAAACAAAACUUCUGUGCAAGAUUGUGAUGUAAACGCCACAACAAAAAGACAAAGCAACGAGCUGCCGUUGCCUAAAGAUGAUUUGGGGGAAUCCCUUACAUUGGCAGCAGCUAAGCUAUUGGAUAUAGUGGAGAACAGUGUUCCUGUGGUGCUAAAUAUCUCCGGUGUUAUAAGCGCAAGAGACAGAGCAGAUUACAACACAGCUUUUCAUUUUUUUCGGCAGGCCGCAGACAGCGGCUACAGCAAGGCACAGUAUAAUACUGGAGUAUGCUAUGAGCAAGGGAAAGGUGUUCAAAAGGACAUAAAUAAAGCUGCAGCCUAUUACCUCCUUGCUGGAAAAAAUGGACACAAGCAAGCUAAAUAUCGCUAUGCACGCUGCAUUUUACAAAUGCAAUCUAAAGCUAAGUCAGAGGACAUCCAGACUGCUGUACAGAUGCUCAAGGAGGCAGCUGGUGCAGGGCUGAAAGAGGCGCAAGUUUACCUAGGAGUUCUGUACUCUAAAGAGCCUUUUUUGGAUCCUCAAAAAGCUGUGAGAUACUUGUGGAUGGCUGCUGAAAACGGGGAUAGCCAAAGUAGAUAUUACCUAGGACUGUGCUAUGAGAAAGGAUAUGGAGUUCCAGCCAACAGGCUAGAGGCAUGGAGACAUUAUGAACGAAUUGCAAAAUCCGGUCAUGGAGCAGCUCAGCAGAAGCUUAAUGAAUUCUGUGAGGAGCAGGAAGAAGACCUUAAUUCAUACUCCAUCAGCCUUAAGACAGCUGCUUCAAGUCCCUGCCUUCCUGUUAUGGAAAGAGUCAACAUUCUGGCAAAAGAAAGAAGCAUGCACUCUGCCAGCGGAUCAAGUGCCUUUGGGUUGCCUCACUCCAUGAGCACUGGAAAUCUGCUGGCAUUGUCCCAGGCAGUGAACAGCAGCUACAGCCUAGCACCAGUGCAUUCAAAUGCUGCCAAACUUAAAAUGGUUUCUCUCAAAGUAAUUGGCGUUGGAUGAAACGUUGUAUACAGAUUAUAUUUUAGAGCACUUAAACCAAACAUCACUAGCAGAAGUUAUGCUUUUGUUGUAAUUGACAUGCUACUAUGACCCAAGGAUUGUCUUUAUUUGUACUGAUAUACUGAGUGAGUCAUUUGCCUGAUCUUAUUGAAACACUAGCCUUUUGCACUUAUGACUUAUUACUGUUGGGGAAUAUUUAAUUACGACAAACAUUUAUUAUGUUGGAAAAAGUCAUGAUAUAUUAAUGGCAUCAUUGGAACAAAUAGGUGAAGCAUAAAUGUUUUAUAGAUUUCUUAUUUAUAAACGUGAGUACGAGCUCCAAUAUUACUUGUACCAGGUGAGAUUUUCUUUAGGGACUACAGUAGAGCCCUAUCGGUUUAUGGUUCAUUCUCUGUCUUAGUUACUUAGAAACUUGCCUCUCCUUUGUUUAGAAAUACAUAAAUAGAAAAUACCCCCCUACAUGGAAGGUUAUAUGUAGUAAAUUAACAGGGAUGGUGGCUACCAUGUUUUCUCACAUCAUACCUGGUGUCUGGCUCUCUUUAAUUUCCAACCAACAGUUGGUGCACUGGGAGCCAUGAUCACAUCAGAUUUCAAUGUUCAUGUGGCGAUAUCAAUGGGUGACUAUCAUUACUAUUUGUCGGACAUAACUUUCGUACGAUUGCUGCCUGUCAAUUCAUUGUCCGAAUGGUUAAUGUUAGGUCAAAAGAUUGCAACGAAAUAGCAUUUGUCGCUCAGAGAAGAAAAUCUGCACGUCUAUGGCCAGCUUAAGUUACCCCAAGUGAUUGUAAUCACUUACCUGAUACCUCUGAUCUGAGUUCCUCUCAGCAAGCUCCAUGGAACGAGAUCCUCUUCUCCUUUCUUCAAAAUCCCGGGUGCACAGUGCAUACGCAAUAAAGUGAAAAAAAGUUUGCUUUUUUGUUAAAAUACAGAUUUCACUCUACUGCGCAUGCUUAGUCAUGCGGAGAAAGAAGAAACAAGAAGAGGAUCACUCCGUGGUGCUCACUGAGAAGAUCCCUGACCUGGGGAAGUUUUCUGCUGAUAGGAGCACCAGUCCGGGAUAUCGAGUAAGUGAUUCCAAUCACUGGGGAUACCUACAUUUUGGCCCCUAUAGUUAUUGUUGACUUUCCAUCUCCUCUUCCAAAUGCAAGUGCCUAAAGGAACAACAUUAGCAACCUCUAUGGGUCAGAGACAGACUAUACGUAAAAGUUGCACUUAAUUUUCUAAAGAUAAUACACCUUUUACAAAUAGUAGAAGGACAGCACUGUUCUUUGCAAGUAUACAAAGCAAUCUUCUAAGGAAUUUAGGGCCUUUUUUUAUGCCAUUUGCAUUGUAUGCAACACCCGCAUUAUAUGCGACAUGAGCCUAUCUUCUUAAAAUCUUUAAUAUAUGCAACAAUAUAUUGCAUAAAUUUGUUUGCUAUUGUUUAAAUGGUUUUACGCUACUGGUGGGGCAAAGCUAACAUACAUUAACAGUUUGCACCGUUUCUGUGAAUCCUUAUAUACACCGUGGUGUUUUUUUUUGUUUUUUUUUUUAAAUUUGUAUUAAUAAUGUGCCAAUACCUGUGACUUACCCUUAAUAUUUUGUAGAAACCAGCAGAUUUCUGAUGGCUAUAUAUUAGAGCAGACUUAUUGCAGGGCACUAAUCUUGUUGUGUGCCAUCACCCUUAGCUGUUUUAUAAGCUACAAACGGUCUGUGUUUAUUUUAGCACCACUCGCCUAGAAAUGACAGGAUCACAAGAUAUCUCGAAUAUAAAACCAAUCAUGGGCAUAAGGCGAGAACCAACAUGGCCAAUGAUUUGGGACACACUUAUGCUCUAUGAGUAAUCGCAUAACUUCUUUGUUUUUGAGUUUUGUAUUUGCUACUGCAUUUAGACUAUUUCAAGGCAAAAUGAACGCACAAGAUAAUUGAAUGUUUGUUUAUAGUUAAAAACUGUGAAAAACUUUGCCAAAGAUAAGGAAAAAUUAACAUUGCUGUUGAUUUACAGAUGCUGAAACCAAACAUACGUCUGCAAAAAUGCAUGAUUUUCAGUAGUGCAUUGCAAAUUGCUGAUUCAUGGAAUAAUUAGCCAUAAAAAUAAUGUUUGGUGGAAGAACUAACCAACUGUAAAAAUACUAUUUAUGAAACGGAUUACUAGAUUUUUUUUUUUUUUUAAAGAAUAGUGACAGUACCCCUUUAACAUCAUACAUCUUAGAAACAACUGAAAUACGAGGCUGAAUUAUCAAUGGAAAAUGCUUUCAUUCCUUGAUUAGGUCAGUGGAAUAUUUUGUCAAUACUGAGCAGAGUGG